AUUCUAUUGAUGUCGCACUGAAUAAUCGACGAUCCCGAUGUGCGUAGAGUUCUCGAGGUGAUUUCGAAGCAUCAGUCAGACAUCGUCGUCGACGGCAGGGCGCCGGAGAGCUGCGUACACAAGAGUGCACAGCCACCCUUGGUACGGCAGCGCUGCAACAACUGAGAGAUCUGGACCCGGAGCCUCCUCCAUCCAGAACCCUCGACACCACCAUCGCGAUACACGUCCGCGAGAAGGCAUCGUUGACGCUGCUGCUGCGAACCUUGCCGCCAUUCUUGGCAUACCGUGAACCAUGGCCAGCAGGAUGGAUUCCAGCCUGCCCGCACAGCCCAACUUGCGCUUGACCAUAAUUGCCGCCGACGGGCUCUACAAGCGUGAUGUUUUCCGCUUCCCCGACCCUUUCGCCGUGGCAACCUUGGGCGGCGAGCAGACCAAGACAACGUCUGUGAUAAAGAGAACGCUGAAUCCAUAUUGGAAUGAGAGUUUUGAUUUACGUGCGACAGAAGACAGUAUAUUAGCGGUACAGAUAUUCGACCAGAAGAAGUUCAAAAAGAAGGAUCAAGGUUUCUUGGGAGUCAUCAACGUCCGAGUUGGAGAUGUGGUGGAUUUCUCUUCCGGCGAAGACCAGAUGCUGACCCGGGACCUCAAAAAAUCAACGGAUAAUCUGGUUGUACAUGGGAAGCUUAUCAUCAAUCUAUCUACAAAUCUAGACUCACCCCCACGAGAGAACUUGGCUCCGCCGAACCACUCCAACGCAAGCCGACAUUCUUUGAGCGCACCGCAAGCAUCGAAUUCGACUAGCCACCCAAGGGCAACAACUCCCACUCAUAGUCCACAAGCAUCUAGUGGGAAUACGCCAAACGGGACGAUGUCUACGGGCCCUACCCCAGGUCAUGCACCCGCUGCUGGUAGCGCCGGUCCUUCCACAGCCACUACACAAGCAAAUGGCGCCCAGUCAACUCGACAGAAUGGAACCUUCAGCUCCUUCGAAGAUGCACAAGGUAGGCUGCCCGCUGGAUGGGAGAGGCGGGAGGAUAAUCUGGGGAGAACCUACUACGUGGACCACAACACUAGAUCCACGAGCUGGAAUCGUCCAUCUGCUGGUGGUACUAGUGAAAGCCAACGCAAUGAACGGGAUGCCAACACUCAAGUUGAGCGUCAAAGGCAUCAGAACCGAACACUACCAGAAGAUAGAACAGGCGCCAAUUCCCCCAACCUGACCCAACAACAACAGGCUGGAAAUGCCGCAAAUGCGGCUACAAUGGUAGCAACAGGUGCUACCACCCCGGGGACCGGAGAACUCCCGCCUUUAUGGGAAAUGAGACAUACGCCCGAAGGUCGUCCGUACUUUGUUGACCACAACACCCGAACAACGACCUGGGUCGAUCCAAGACGUCAGCAAUAUAUCCGCAUGUACGGUGGCCAGAAUGCGAACAAUACCAUUCAACAACAACCUGUCUCCCAACUUGGUGCUCUCCCCAGUGGGUGGGAGAUGAGACUUACGAACACAGCCCGAGUAUAUUUCGUGGAUCACAAUACCAAAACGACGACCUGGGACGAUCCGCGACUCCCAUCAUCGCUGGACCAGAACGUUCCACAAUACAAACGUGACUUCAGACGCAAGCUUAUCUACUUCCGGUCACAACCAGCCCUUCGAAUCCUUUCCGGGCAAUGCCACGUCAAGGUCCGGAGAUCUCAUAUAUUUGAGGAUUCAUACGCCGAGAUUAUGCGCCAGUCUGCGACGGACCUCAAAAAGCGUCUGAUGAUCAAGUUCGAUGGUGAAGAUGGUCUCGAUUACGGUGGUCUUUCGAGAGAGUUCUUCUUCCUCCUAUCUCACGAGAUGUUUAAUCCUUUCUACUGCUUGUUCGAAUACUCCGCUCACGACAACUACACCCUCCAAAUCAACCCUCAUUCCGGCAUCAAUCCGGAGCAUCUCAAUUACUUUAAAUUCAUUGGCCGUGUUGUCGGCCUCGCUAUAUUCCACCGUCGUUUCCUCGAUGCAUUCUUCAUCGGUGCUCUAUACAAAAUGAUGCUGAACAAGCCGGUGACACUAUCAGACAUGGAGGGUGUCGAUGCUGAUUUCCAUCGUAGUCUUCAGUGGAUGCUGGACAAUCCCAUCGAGGGUGUUCUAGAGCAAACCUUCUCUACUGAAGAUGAACGAUUUGGGGUUACAACUGUGGAGGAUCUCAAGCCCGGUGGAAGGGAUAUCGAGGUCACUGAUGAAAAUAAGAAGGAAUACGUAGAUCUGAUGGUGAAGUGGAGAAUCCAGAAGCGUAUUGAUGAACAGUUCCAAGCAUUCAUCACUGGAUUUCACGAGCUGAUCCCCGCUGAGCUUGUCAACGUUUUCGAUGAGCGUGAACUUGAGCUGUUGAUCGGUGGGAUUGCGGAGAUUGAUGUUGACGACUGGAAGAAGCAUACCGACUACAGAGGAUAUACCGAAUCUGAUGAUGUCAUCAAAUUCUUCUGGCAGACCAUACGGAGCUGGGACGGAGAACAAAAGUCUCGUCUCCUUCAAUUUGCUACGGGAACCUCCCGUAUUCCUGUCAAUGGGUUUAAAGACCUUCAAGGAAGCGAUGGGCCAAGGCGCUUCACAAUUGAAAAGCAAGGAGAAAUCAACAAUCUGCCCAAGUCUCAUACAUGUUUCAACCGACUUGAUCUUCCAGCAUACAAGACUCUGGAGCAGUUGCAGACGAAAUUGACGAUGGCGGUAGAGGAGACGAUGGGUUUUGGGCAGGAAUGAUUUGUCAACUGGUUGCAUUUCGUUUCUUUGACGGUGUUUUUCGUACAGACUCAGGGGGCUCGGCUUGUCACAAGCCCAGGGGCUGUUUUUGGCGGAGUCAGCAGCGACUCCGCGUCGUUGGGAGGC